CACCAUCAAAUCAUAAAGCAAAUAAAACUCGGUCUUUUCCGAAAACUGUCUCGCGCCCGUCGAAAUAGGUACUACACUCUCAUUAAUAAAUUACAAAUGCGAAGGUGGUGACUAAUAAACCGAAAUGACGUCGAGCAAUGAAAUUAUGCUGAAAUCGUGGUUGAGAACGCUCAGAUUCAGUACCGAACAUUACGAAGACACCUUAGAAUCGGAAAACGAUUGCGGGUGCCGCGAAUACAAUAGACCAUCAUCGACAAAUGCGAAAAGUAUGACUAGCGGUGGCGAUAAUACGAGCGAAGAUAGUGAUGACGGGCGGUACGUAAAUAUUUGGGACUGUGCGAGCAGUGAGAAAAGCGAAAAUAAGUUUCAGAAUUCACUUGAAUCGGUGGAGUUUGUGAGUUUAUCUACCUGUGAGGGUGAUUGUUGCUUCAGUGCUGUCAGCGGCACGGAUUUAAGUUCUGGAUCGUUUUAUAUGGAAGAAACUGGAUCUACUAGUCAGGGUGGUUUGACACAAAGUUUAGAUAGAAGAAUCCCGAAGAAACCUAUAGUUUCAAAAGGAAAAAAACCUGUAGCAACUCCAAGACUCAGUAAAGGGUCAUAUAGCAACAAACAAUCAGAGAGUGAGCCGAUUUAUAUGAACCUGCCUUUAAGAACUUCUAAUGCAAGUAGUCUGACAGAUUCACAAGUAUCAUAUGAUGAUUCUAACAUAUAUGAAAACCUUCCAGUAAGACCGGCUUCUACCAGUAAUCAAUCAGAAUCAAUAUACGAGAAUCUGGUUCAAUCGCUCUCUCACACUUCAACAGAUUCGUUAAAGUUUGAACAAGAAGUGACUUCAACAAUUCAAUACUUGGAGAAUGUUCUUGAAGCAGUGGAUGUGAACAGUGAAAGUUCAGAAAGUGAAGAAUUUGAAUCUGUUUUAUGCCAAGAAGACCAAAUGUCUGAUUGUUCCUCAAUAGAUUCGAAAAUUAUUGAGCAAAUUCGUGCGGUUCAAGAGACCAAGACUGUUCAGUAUGCUGAAAGGUCUAGUAGCUUCAACUACAUGAGCAAGGAGCAUGUUGCUAUAAGAAAUAAAAAUUCUAAUGCGUUUUUAGAAGAAUCUGAACCAAAUCUUCCUCAGGAAAUUAAAAGCAUUCCUUUACCAAAAGGCAAAAGCUAUAAUUUCCAAGUUGAAAAUAGGUUUUCUGCUCCUGUUAAUAUCACUGAUAAAGUACCAGGAGUUAGAAGGUGUCAUAGCUUUAAAGAAGAUAAUUUUGAACAACCUACUUAUGUUAAUAUUAACGAGUUGAGAAAAAACCUCAAGAGGCUCUCUGAUGCGACUUGUGUCGCUUGUGAUAACUUUGCUUUAGAAAAAUGUAGUUUACCUUUAAGUUAUGCCAAAGAAUCGAGAAUAAGUAGUAUAUUUGAAGAGGGAAUUGUGGAAGAACUGGUGCCAUCAGAUUUAUCUAGAAAUUCACAGAACGUUAUGAAGGACUCAAGGGAAGAUGUGCUGUUUUGGAUGGCAUUGCUGACUAAACAUUUUGGAGAUGAUAUUGAGGAAUAUGAUGGGCGAUUUCGAAAUAUUGAGGGGGAUUUCAUGGAAGAUAAGGAGCUCCUAAAAUCCAUAAACCAAGUUCCCAAAGACCGUUCGGAUCGACCGAAAGAAAAUAAAUUUCCAUUGGAUGAUGACGUUAAAUUACGAAGAAAACCUGAGAUUCGAAACAAUCGACUUUCGAAAACCACUGAUUACGAUUCUAACGUUAGAAAGCGUAAUAAUAAUAUUAUUACCAACACGAAAAAUUUCGAUAUACGAGGCAUCAUGAAAAUCGACCUACCUACCGGAUCAGUGCUAACCAAAUGGAAAGAAGAAUAUAUUUCUUACGAAAAUGAAAACUUUUAUAGGAUAAAUGAAAAAACAAAAAAUAAAGAACUGCUAUAUUUCAAUGUAGCCAUAAAAUCCAUUCGUUAUCCGAAAUCCAAAGAGUCCAAAGAAGUGGAAAUUAGGGACAAUAAGAGCAUUUUUAUGCUCCAUUUUCAAGAGCUUAAGUAUGCCAGGCAAUUCAUGGAAAAUGACCGGAUACAAGACUAUCUUGUUGAUAAUAAACAUACCAUUAAGAAAACUUUGCUUAGGUUUUUAGGUAAAAGAUCGAGUAUAGAAAUUUUAGAAAAGAAAGGAAUUUACAAGAACGAGAACAUAUUUGCAAACACUUUAGCAAAAAUCUAUAACAAAAGUGGUCUGCUAGUUCCUAUGUUUAUUUACGAGGUGAUCCAGCUGGUUGAAUUGCCUGAAAAUAUCACCACGUUAGGUAUUUACCGGACUUCCGGAAAUUUAGCCAUUAUACAGAAGAUCAGAUGUGAAGUAGACAAUGGUAGAUUGAAUAUUUUGAGUCAGUAUGCUAAAGACCCGGACGUGUUGACAGGAAGUUUGAAGUUGUUUUUCAGAGAACUAAAGGAACCACUUAUUUCACCAGAUGUUUGUGAAAAGCUUUUGGAAUUAACCAAAACUGAACCAGCUAAAAUGUCUUCAAAAGAUCACACAAGAAUCAGAUCAGUUUUAAUUAAAAAUCUGCACGAAGCAAACUUGGAAACCUUCGCAGUUCUUAUGAAACACCUUAUUGAGGUGGCCAAGUAUAAAGAAUACAACAAGAUGGACGCUUAUAAUUUGGCAAUUUGUUGGGGGCCUACAAUGAUAUUUUCUGCUCAUCCUGAAACACUCACGCCUGCAACUAUAGAACUUUCUAAGGAUAUUGUAGCACAAAGUCAUGAUGCUACUAAACUUGUGGAUUUUUUAUUAGGAUAUUAUGAGUUGUACCCAGCGGAGUUGGCAUCACUGGGCAGAGGACCAAAACUGGAAAGUGAAUCAGAGAGACUUCAUCUGCUGGGCCGACAAGAUUCCAAAGAUAGUAUGGAUAGCUAUGACAGCAUGAGAAGUAAAAAAAGUGGAAGUAGCGUAAGUUUAAGCGUGGACGAAAUAACAAAAAGACUAGUGGAGUACAUAGAGCCGCAAAUAUCUACGGAAGGUCUCUAUCUGAAGCAAGGAUCUACAGACAAAACGAGCAAAAUUAUCAAGAAACUAAACAAAAAGAAAAUAAACGAGCUGGAAAAGUACAAGAAUGACGUUCUUGAGUUGGCAGAGGCUCUUAAGAAAUAUUUAAAAGAUCAAGACUGUUUGGUGACACCUGAUGCUUUGGAGUCAGUUUUGAGGAUUUCUCCCGAUAGCUCUUAUAGUUGCUUAGAACCAGCUACAAGGCGUAAACUGAUCAGCCAAAUAGAAGACACGCCCAAAAAAGAUACCUUAAUCUUCCUUCUGCGACAUUUGGCCAAAGUGCUUGAAUACCAAGAAUCUUCUUAUGGAGUACCUAAAAACCAAUUGCUUACCAUUUGGACUAACGUUUUAAAUAAUCAGAAAAAAACCAAAACUAGUAAUGAAGAGUUUGAGAAGUUUUUAUCGGUUGCUGUAAAGGUAUUCAACGAUAACUUGCCCGAUGUUGUUAGGUCCAGUUUCAAUAAUAACGGAAAUAGCCCUAAUAGAAAUGGAAGCAUGAAUGAGCUUUUUAAAGAAAUGAAAAUGCAACACCACUUUCAAUCAGACCAAACGGACAGAAACAGCAGAUACGACAAUGUCGACUCUGAUGUAGGAGAAGCAUCAAUACUGGAAGAAACAGAAGAAAAGACUGAGCAAACAAAGUUGUGACAAUAAUUUGUUUUAAAUAAAAUCACUUUUUUUGCAUUUAAUAUAUGGCUAGUCGAACAAGUGUGUGGAUAAAUUUAACUCUUGGUUAAAAAGAAAUGUGUUUGAUUUUACGGACUUGCCAAAGAUUAGAAACGUUUUCUGAAAUGUGGAAAGACUACCAUUAGUUUUAUCUUUUAAUUUAAGAUGAGCACUUUUUUAACGUUAUCUUGCAUUGACAAUAUUAUUGUAAAUAUUUAAUAAGACUGUAUAAAUAGGGAUGCAUUUAUUGUAACGUAUUUUUAAUAACAUUUAACAUUGCUAAAAAAUCUAUUUGAGACAACCAUUGACAAUAAAAUAAGGGUGUGAAUUGACUAACCCGAAGAGUUAGUCAAACCCCAAUGUUACAAAUAAUUUUGGAUAUUUUUGUUUUAUAAUUAAAUUAUAAGAUGUUUUACAUUACAUGAGAAGAACAAGCUUGUUAUUAUAUUUGUUAAGUUUUGUAUUCUACAUAAUGUGAUAUCUUUUAGGUUAAUUUUAUGUAAAUAUUCAAUAGUUAUACUUAUAUAGAUUAAUAAAAUGUUAAAAAUUC